UAUGACGAUGUCUCUAGACCACUCUGAAACUGCAGUCAUCACUUGUGGUGCAGGUACAUGGUUUGCUGUGGUUCAAGAAGGCAACUCAUCAUCACCUUUUAAAGAACAACUAAGUGUUAGCUGCCUUCGACGUUGAUACUCGCGUCCCAUGAACGAACAAAAACAUUUUUUGAAAGCGUCCAGGUAGUCUCGCUCAGCCUAAUGAAGGUCUGGAUUUUGAGUCAGGUUGCAUUUAGGGCUGCCGUUAUGAUGCCCAAACAUUCCGUAGACAUCCCACAAUCGCAAGACAAUUUACUAGACGCUGUCAACACUAAGACAAGAAUGUCACAUUAACUUUCCUGAAGCUAAUGGUCGAAUCUAAAAGAACAACAGAUGGAGGGAGCUACUGGCGCUCAGCAAAAAAAAAAUCUGAAAACCUGAGCAUGUCCCAAGUCGAAGAAACUCAAUGGUUCUGGCAUCAUCUGAGGAGAGAAAGCGGAGUUAGCGUUUCUGCAUCCAGUGAACCUUCUUCAGAACUGGCCAUGGCUCAAAUGCUAACUCGGUUUUCUCUCUCCACGGAGGCUGCCAGACCUGCUCCAGCACUUUUUCUUUUCAGUUCAGACCUUUAGCACCCACAGUUCUCUAUAUCAUUCCCCAAAUGGGACAGUCAGUACCUGUCGAUUGUUAUGAGCAUUCCGGGUUUACAGAGCGUGGAGGACAUUUCCCUUUUAAGGCCCCUUUUUCCUCCUCAGCCAGUUUAAAGCAGUGCACGAGGGGCCGGCGGUUGGGCCUGGGAUGGAGGGGGAGGGGCGAGGUGCUAGGUGCUGCACGGCGGGGAUGUUCGCGUCAGUUCCGGCAGUCUCACGCCUCGCGCGGUAAGAUGGCGGCGCAGUUAACGGACGCGGAAUUGUUUUCCGAAUUGAAAAAGUUCGGUUUGGUCCCGGGUCCCGUGACCGAGAGCACGCGCCCCGUCUACCUGAAGAAGCUCAAGAAGCUGCGCGAGGAGCGCGGCGCCAGACCUAAAACCAGGAACGGCGGCAGCAGCAGCGGGGGAACAGGCCCGAGUUCGGGCCUGGGCCUCGGCGGGUUCACCACCUCCACGUCUGCCCCCGUAACCCCGGGCAAGCUGCUGGGUUUCAGCUCGGACGAAUCGGACGCCGAGCCCAACGGCAGAAGGAGCGAGGCCGGCAAGAGGACGAGCAGGACGGAUAAAGCUCCAGGCGACUGCCCCCGCCCGCGGCCUAGUCACAGCAAAGGGAGGAACACUCCUCCGAGAAUGGUGAACAGCAACAAUAACAGCGGCAGUGGAGGGGGCCUUUCGUCCGGGAAAGGGAACCCCACCCCUUGGUGGAGGCCGAACACAAGCGGCGGCGUCCAGCAGUCGCCGGAGGAAGAGGAACGACCUCUGGGAACAGAUCUGCAGAGCCACAACAACACCAGCAGCAAUCGAGUCUCCUACGUUAGGGAUGGUAAUUACUCUGACUCCGAGGAUGAGCGAGAAGAAGAGUCGAGCCGGAGACCCAACUCCAGGCGGAGUCUCUCCAAGAAAUUACUGGCCACCGUUAACAAUCAUAACCCGAGAGCGAUGGUGGAGGAGGGCGGCGCCAAACGGAUCCACGACGUCGCCGGCGGUCCUUACUGUCUAGACGCAAGGAGAGACCAACUGGAGGAGGAGGAAGAGGAUCAGAGGGAGAAAGACGCCACAGCGGAGCCCACCAUGUUAUUGCGGUUCCGUAAUUCCUCUUCCAAAAAGAUUGGCCCAGGACUGCUGGCUUCUGAGAAGGAGAGUCUUUAUAAGAGCAGCACCAGAAACAAUAAUCACGUUAGCGCCACAAGUAAUUUUAUCACCAGUCCAAGUGGCCCUUCGUCCUCCCUUCUGAUCAAUGCUAAUCACUCAAACCAUACGGGCAGUAACCACAUUUACAGUGCAUAUCGUAAAAGCCCCAGAGAGCCUGAGGAGGAACUAUUGCAGCAAUUUAAAAGGGAGGGGGGUUCGGCGACCGGUGGGUUCAGUGCACACUACUUAUCCAUGUUUCUUUUAACUGCUGCAUGUCUGUUUUUCGUCAUAUUGGGACUUACCUAUAUAAGGAUGAGGGGUUCUGGAGGAACAGGAGGAGUUCUUAACGUGCAUUCACAUCUCCCCUAUAGUGUGGCACCCAGAACUAUUGACAGUUAUCCAGUAAAAUCGCAGCCAUUUGGAAUAGAUGAGAAGGUUGAAGAGAAAAGAGUAAUUCUGAUUAUUCUUCAUAGACUGCAUGAUCACCUAGCAAAAAUAGCAGGGGACUACGAUUGUGGAGAUCAUGUCCAUUAUAAAAACAGAAGUCUGCCUGUCCAAGAUGCUGCUGAAUAUGUAACUGUUCUUGAUCCCAAUCAUGAAAAGAAAUUUAAUGGUUCACUACAAUGGAUUUUACAGAGUACAGAUGAUUUUGGUAUAAAGUUGCUUGGCAGUGACUCUGAUGUCAAGGUAAAUGAUGUGAGUGAAGUACAGUAUCUGGAGUCCACGCAUCCACAGAUGUCAUUUAUCUGCCGCUUUCGCCGUGCAUUCCUAACUGUCUUGCACAGGAUGUUUAUAUUUCUUGUGGGUGUGGGAAUUGUGUGGGCAGUGCUUCAUUACAUGAAGUAUCGUUGGCGGAAGGAAGAGGCAGAGACAAGACAGAUGUAUGACAUGGUGGAAAGAAUCAUAGAUGUUCUGAAAAGCCAUAAUGAAGCCUGCCAAGAAAAUAAAGACUUACAGCCUUAUUUGCCUAUUCCCCAUGUACGUGAUUCUCUCAUACCACCCCAGAAUAGGAAAAAGAUGAAAAAGGUGUGGGAGAGAGCUGUUGUUUUUGUUGAAACCAAUGAGUCCCGUAUUCGGAAAGAAACCCAAAGAGUAGGAGGAGGAGAUUUCUUAGUUUGGAGAUGGACUCAACCGUCUUCAACUUGUGAUAAAAUAGCAGUUGUGCCGUCCAAAGUAUGGCAAGGAAAAGCUUUCCAUCUUGAUGGUAGAAAUUCUCCACCGAACAGUUUGACACCUUGUUUAAAGAUUCGGAAUAUGUUUGACCCUGUCAUGGAAAUUGGGGAUGACUGGCAUAUUGCAAUUCAGGAAGCAAUCCUAGAAAAGUGCAGUGACAAUGAGGGAAUUGUUCAUAUUGCUGUGGAUAAGAAUUCACGUGAGGGUUGCGUGUAUGUGAAGUGUUUGUCACCAGAAUAUGCUGGCAAGGCUUUUAAAGCACUUCAUGGCUCAUGGUUUGAUGGAAAACUAGUGACUGUAAAAUAUCUGAGAUUAGAUCGUUAUCAUUAUCGCUUUCCUCAGGCUGUCCAUUGCAACACUCCGUUAAAGCCAUCAAAUAGGUACAUGAAUUCAAUGUCACAUCUGCGUCUUCUGACCAACACAGCUAACUCUCAAGGAGCCUCAUGAGACCUCUCCUAUCCCUGCCAGUACUGUUACACUGCAGCGAGAAGUCCUGCUUGAAUGCUCUGUCUUCCUUUUUAUUGCUUUUAUAUGUACACUUUUUGUAUUAUAAGGAGUGCAUCUUUUGUGUUAAGAUGCCAGAAAGCUGGAGAAAAUUUCCAAAGGCGCUAUCUGUAACAUUUCAGUGUAUUGGGAUUAACAAGUAGUGGCAUAGAAGUAAAACAAGAUAUGACUUUCAUGCAGCAGUUAUAAUUCUUAGACUGUGUACUGGGCAUGAACCGUUUUGUUUACUGAAAUUGUGAAAACUUGGGUGUCUUGGGGAUUAAUCAUGUACACUACGGUUCAAUCAGUAUUUGACUGAGCUAAAGGAGAAGAUAUUAGUCGGUCAGAUGUGACUACUCAAAAUCUUUUUGCAUAUUUGGAAUUGCAGUGCUUGAAUAUAAAUUUGCGAGUGUAAAUUUGGUGCAAAAUGAUCAUCUGACAAUUGCAAAUAACAUGGAGCAAGUACACAACAUGUAGGGCACAUUACAACAGAGCUGUUGAAAGCUGUCAACAGAAAUUUGAAAUGAAGAAGGGCAACUUCAUAGUGUAGCUGUCUGCUUAAUGAGAUCUGAUUUAUUUUGUGCAAUAAACAUGUCUGGAUUAAAUAUGGAUUAAUACUAGCAAUAUCAUGCGGAAGGAAGACCCAGCAGUGUUAUGUAGAAUGUCAUAGUUUGCAGAAUGACAAAUGUGCAGUUUACUCAAAUAAUACCAACAAAACUGGCUUAGUUUGAUUAACAACUUCGUCUAUAUUACAUUAAGUAAAUGCAAGCAAUCUGAAUAAUGGAAUUAUUGGUAGAAUGAGUAUAGAUUUAUGUUCAUUUAAUCUUGGUUUCAUUAUUUAUUCCAAAUUUGGGUCAUAAUCUGCAGGCAAGAGCAUUUCAACAUGGAAUUGCACAAAAUGCACAAUUUACUGAGUAAACAUGAUGCACACUGCCUGCAGCAGAGCCUUACUGUGCCUUACCUUUGUGUGCUUGAUGCAGGCACUGUAACUUCAUUCCAAGUUUUAACAAGUUCAACGUAGAGAAGUAGCCAGUUUGUUCUGUACAACUUUGUUGCACUUUGGUUAAGAAGUUGUACUAAAAGUAAAACAAGACAUCUUGCUGUACCACAUGUGCAUCGUGUGAUGGUGUUAAUAUUAUUCAUGUUUUUGAGCCAACACAUCAUGCACCUGAUUUGUUCUGUUGUAAAACUGUGCAAGUGGAUUUGGCAUUUUUUUAAGAUGGGGCACUAUUUGAUGCAGAUGCAUCUUUGAAUUUUCCAGCUUCUAUGAUGUAUUUCAUUUUAUGUAAACAUUGUACAUUUAUAUAUUGUAAUAUGUACCAUUAUGCAGCUUAUUUUGCUUAUAACUGUUAAACUUGACAAUAUCCUACCUGCAAGACAGAUGGGAAGGUGUAUAAUAUCCAGAUGUUCAAAAAGUUCAGAUGUUUAAUGUAAUUUGUCAUUUGUCUUGUAAAAACACUCUAAUUAAAGGUUUACUAGGGGUUUUUAAAAUGCU